AGCAGUAUGCUUUGCAGGAACAUGAAAUCCUUUUUCUCACACCAGGGAUUGGCCGUCUGUGUGAAGUCAGCUGGAGGGCUCCAGCAUUGGCUUGUUGGUGCUUGACCGUGCAGGCGAGCUGUGAUUGGGCUUCUGCACACAGAUGAAAUCUCCCCACGCUGGUACUUUGUUUGAUGUUUAACCAGUUUCCUGUUAAGGAAAACUGGGUUGCGUUUAUCUGUGUUUUCAUUUCCAGAGGCUGCUCGGGGUUUGAGAGGUUAACCAGGUUUCGGUUAACUCCACUCGUCCUGUAGUUGAGAAGCAGCCGGUGACUCAUCUCCUCGGGCCACAGGAAGGGCGGAGCUACCAGCAACAGGGACAAGUUGCAGGGCAAACUCAAAAUCAGAGAAGCUGUCAAGCAUUCCCUCUGCAUACUAGGAGGAUCACUUCCAGACCUGAUGCUAAAGGACUUUGGGCACCAGAAACACACAAAGAGGGAGUUUAAACUUACAGGUGGAAAAACCUGUUUGGUGGGGGGGGUUUUUGUUAGGGCGUGGGUUUGCCUGGUGAGACUUUAUGUGUGAAAGGUUUUUCCUUGUCGGUUUAUUUGAAAAGCACUUUGCUCACUCUGGCUCGUGAGUAAUAUUUAAUCAUUCAUCUCUUUCACCGCUCAAAUGGAAAGCACCAAUGGAUCGGGUUACCAGCUCAUCGAGGACUGCGAGGCCACGAACAGGACACUGUACAAGUUCUACGCGGCCGUCAUGAUUGUGAUUUUCAUCCUGGCUCUGCCUCUCAACGCGUCUGUCCUGCACCUCUUCAUAUUCAAGCUGAAAUUCUGGAAAUCCAACACCAACAACGUCUUCCUGUUCAACCUGGUGCUGGCAGACGUGCUUCUGCUCUUCUGUUUGCCCAUAAAGGCAUACAACUUCAUCCGGGGGGAGAGGCGAAGCGCCAACGACACGGUGUGCAAAGCCAUGCUCUUCAUGCUGUUCCUGAACCGCGGGGCGAGCAUCGCCUUCCUGACGGUGACCUCCAUCGACCGCUAUUUCAACGUCGUGCACCCCGGCCGCAAGAACCUGCUGAGAGCUCUCAAGAAAUCUCCACACAUCUCUAUCUUCAUCUGGCUGCUCCUGCUGCCUCUCACCAUCCCCACCAUGCUGAAGAACUUUGACUGCUGCAACAGCCACAGCCCGCAGCCCGACGACACUUUGGUGAAGGACGUGGUGGACAGCAUGCGAGAAGUGGUCUUCUUUUCCCAGAUCGUCAUCCCCUUCGUCAUCCUGGUCUACUGCACGGUGCACAUUGUCAACCGGCUCAGGAAGAAGACGGUGGGGGAUCGGACCAAGCUGAGGAGGGCCGUCUUCCUGGUGACCUCCGUCAUGGUGGUGUUCUCGCUCUGCUUCCUCCCGUGCACCGUGGCCAGGAUGGUUCUGCUGAUCGCCCGGGUAGAAGAGUGGCCUGAGGCCUGGCAGGAUAAAGCUGCGGUGGCCUUCGACGGCCUCAUGGUCCUGUCCUACGUGGACUGUCUGCUGGACCCGCUGGUCUACUGCUUCUGCAGCACCAAGUUUAAAGGUCUUUACCUCUCCAAUUAUUUCCCGUUCUUACUGAAAGACGGUCACGUGCUGCCGGACAGCUCGACGGGAAACACGUUGCCACCUCCGCGCAAUAAUGUCAUUUGAAAUAGGGGACCCAAAAGAAAUCUACCAGAGACUGAGCAUCCCCAAAAUGUGUUUUUAAGAUUAUAGACUAUGAAGACAAAACCCAGUUGUUAUUUAAGAUUAUAUUUUCUGUCAAUAUCUAAAAGUAAUAAUGUCAAUGUGUUUCUUUUUUCUUUUGAAUAAAUGGUUGGUAAGUCAAGUAUAUAUAUAAUUAUGUUGGUACGUAUGUAAAUAGGAAGUUCUGGUUCUUACAAAGUUGGUCACAUAUUUCAUGGCGUAGUUUUACUGACUCAAUAUGUCAAAUCGUCUCCUGAUGGUCUCGGAUAUAUUCAUGGUGGUGGAUUUUAUUUAGUGAGACUUUUCUGAAUAGGACGGCCCGUCGGGCAAAAGUAUGCACAUCUGUUUUUCCUUUCUGCUUGGGCAGAAAGUAGUUAUGGUCAUAAACAAUCCCUUUUUAACUGCGUGGGGGAAAAACUAACAUGAAUCCUAUUUGCUUUACGCAACCUUCAUCUCAGCCUCGGCGUUAAGCAAAUAUUGGUGUUUAAUGCCGUUGGUUAAGGCUUAACAAAUAUAACCGUGUCGCCCGUAAGUGUUGAAAUCGUGUGAAAUACAAUUUUUAAAACCACAGUGGAAAUUUUCCAAACCAAGGGAACAGAAGCGGGGACGUGCACAGUGAAACGUGUGCAUGUAACUCCAAAAUAGAUGCAUAUAUUAACAUGGUCAGUCCCCUGGAAUACUGGACCCUUAACACGCACACAGGAAGUGCAUUGUUAAAGAUCUGUGUAAUUGUGCUGUACGUAUUGUGUACGUACGGGAGGGUUUUCUUAAUACCAAUACCAAAUCUUUCCUUUCCAUAUAAACUAAAUCAUGAAUAAUGACAGAAAAAAAACUUUACUCAGCUGUAUUCUCAUGAAUCCUUUCUGAUCAUGCGUUAGUCAUCGGGGAGGUUUGGCUCACGUUGAUGAUGUCAUAAACAGUAACAGUACUGUGCGUCUGUUUACUGUCUGGCUAUAAAUACACUCAUUUGAGACUCACAGGUGUUGAAGACGCUUCGUUGCGUAUCAUAAAAGCCGUCACGUUUUAUUUGUCACGGCACUGCCUGACAAGGUGGAACGCUACAACAAUACGAUGCGUCAUUUGCAAACCGGGAUGUUGAACAAUUUCCUCGCCAGGUUGAAUCAUCGCGUUAUGUUGAAACACAACUGAGGAGGAACCCCCAGUAGCCGAUGCCUACUGGACUGAGAGGCACAAACGAGCAAGGAAACGCACCGAUACACAAUCCACUCCUCUCUGCAAGUCUCCCGUCCGUGUGUGAAAGUGCAUGAAAACCCUGCAAAUAUUGACAGGGUAAAGCGAGUGGUUUGAAGUCCCCUAUAGUAUGACCUUAAACAAGAUGUCAGUCAAACAAGCCUUUGACGCCCAGCAGGGGUUUUUGUAUACUUUUAGCAUCUAGUUGUUUAGUUUAGACCUGCGCGGGGCUGCACGUUCAAUAUGUAUCAUUCGUUUGACUGAAACUCAACUGUUCAUUCAAUACAUUGCUGUCAUUCUUGUGUAUAAUUUUGUAUAUGCAUCAAUUAAGUGGGUCUGCAAAGAGGCCCGACUAUGUAUGUACGUGAUCUUUAAAAGUAGGCUCCGAUUUCUCUCACCUAUUGAGUCUUCUACAAAGUGAGAAACCCAGAGUUCAACUAGGACACAUUCAGAUGUUUUAAUGGGUCAAUCACAUGUCUUAUGCUGAGGACAUACAACAGACAAAAAUCUGUUUAUACGUUACUGUUGAAGAAAUAAGUCAAUAUAGCUCAGACAAAAAACAGGAGUCGGGAUCAUCCUAAUGGAUCCAACUAAACCCAUGUGAAAAGCAGCGACGGCUCCCUCAGCUGCUCAGAAGCCAGAAUGGGGAAAGUGUGAAAAUGGCGCUGGAGAGCGCGUUUUCAAGCGGAUAAGUGGAGAUUGUGGCCGAGACUCUGAUGUUUCGUACACGUUCGUAUAGUUGUCCGUGUUCGCAGUUGGUUCUGCUCGGUUUGAAACCCAAAUGGGAGAUGCUCGAAUGCAAAUCUUUCACUGAUUUUAGGAUGUAUCACCCCCAUGACAUGAUUCAAUGUAAUAAAAGAAUUUAUUGAUUUGAUAAACA